UCCAAAAACAAAUUUUUUAUUCUUUCAGGGGUGUCAAACUCAUUUUCAUCGCGACCCAGUAUGACGGUGAAAAGCAUAUAAAUGUAUAAUGUUAUUAUUCCAUAUACCACAUUGCUGCUGUAUUUUAUUGCUCGUUUUAACAUCCACUCUAAUUCGGAAUCAGAUGUCAUGGAAAUAGUGGCUGUAAACUGUCGUCCUCAUGGUCCUAGCGCCGUCACCAUCUGACAGCCAGCAAGCCCAAACGCACCACCGCUUGCAACAAGAAAUACAGUCGUGCGAGCUGAGUCAUUUUUUUCUUUCUUUCACGCAUUAUUAAUCAGCUAUUAAUGCCCUGCUCCAGGUUGGGAAACGCCGGUAUAAAUCAUCUUCGGACAGAAAGAUGGCUUCCCCCCAGGCCGGUAGCCCGCCUCCCUCGGAGCAAUACACACCCCCGCCGCGAGACGAGGAGAGCCAACGGGAGGACGAGGCGGCGAGGGACGCGCCCGUGAAAAAGCGGGGCAGGGGCCGGCCCCCGAAAGCCAAAGCGUCAUUCAAGUGCCCGUCUUGCGCGGAGGCCUUCAGGAGCGUGUCGGCGCUGCGCGGCCACAAGCUCUCGGCGCACGCCAAGGAGCGCCCCCAGCAGCACCACGUUUGCGUCCAGUGCCAGAAGAGCUUCUCCAGCAAAGCGCAUCUGUCCAAACACGAGAGCACGCACUCGGCCCAGCGGCCCUUCCAGUGUUCCGACUGUCACAAGGCCUACAAGACGCCCACCGAGCUGCGCAACCACAGCCGCUCGCACACGGGCGAGAAACCUUUCGUGUGCGCCGAGUGCAGCAAGGCCUUCAUGCAGGCCAUCUGCCUGAGGAUCCACAUGACGCAGCACAACGGCGAGCGGCCGUACUCCUGCCGCCAGUGCUCCAAAAGCUACCCCACCUUGUCCAAACUCAAGGUGCACAUGCGCUCCCACACCGGAGAGAAGCCGUACUUUUGCGGCGAGUGCGGCAAGAGUUUCGCAGACCCCUCCGUCUUCCGCAAGCACCGACGGAACCACCAGGGCCACCGGCCCUACGCCUGCGACCAGUGCGGUAAAACCUACACGGAGUUGAAGGACCUGAAGAACCACGAGCGCUCCCACACCGGAGAGAAGCCCUUCCUGUGCGCCGACUGCGGCAAGGCCUUCUCCCGCUCGUCCUCGUUGGUGUGCCACCAACGCAUCCACUCCCAGAAGAAGCCCUACCAGUGCGAGCAGUGCGGCAAAGGUUUCACGCAGCUCUCCUCCUACCAGUCCCACCUCCGCACGCACUCCGGGGAGAAGCCCUUCCUGUGCCCGCAGUGCGGCAAGAUGUUCUCCGACCCGUCCAGUUUCCGGCGCCACCAGCGAGCCCACCUCGGUUUCAAGCCCUACCCGUGCGACAAGUGCUCCAAAAGAUUCCGGCAGCCGGCCGAUCUGGCCGUCCACGAGCGGGUCCACUCCGGGGAGCGGCCUUACAAAUGCCAGAGCUGCGACAAGGCCUUUGUGGCGUCCUGGGAUCUGCGGCGCCAUUUGCUCGUCCACACUGGCCUGCGGCCCUUCUCGUGCACAGAGUGCGACAAGUCGUUCACCGAGCGCUCGAGCCUCAACAAGCACCGCCGCGUUCACUCGGGAGAGCGGCCGUUCAAAUGCGGCGAGUGUUUGAAAUCCUUCGUGGUGUCCUCUAGCCUGCGCAAGCACGAGAGGACUCACGUGGCAGAGCAGGCCCAGCGGCGGAGGCAACCGGAGGAAACGGAGGCCGCGGGCUUCGCCGGCGACCACGCGGCCCUCCCGCAGUUCUCCUGCACCCGCUGCGACGCCACGUUCGGCACCUGGGACCAGGUCCAGGCGCACGAGAAUCUCCACGCCGUCGACCGGACUCCGGGCGAGACAGCGGGCCCGCUCACGUGCGGCACCUGCCAGGCGGAGUUCGCGGAGCCGUCGGAGAUGCGGGAGCACGAGAAGCAGCAUCCCAAACCCAGGCCUCACGUGUGCGCCAGCUGCGGCAAAGGCUUCCUCAACCGGGCCGGCCUGCGCAAGCACCAGAAGAUCCACUCCAGCAGUAAACCGCACAGCUGCUCCCAUUGCGGAAAAGCCUUCCUGUUCCCCGCCUACCUCCGCAAGCACUUACGGACGCACGUGGCCGCCUCGCAAUCCGACUUGAACAUCAUCCACACCGACCCGCUGCCCUCCCCUUCGCCGCCUUCCCCUUCGCCGCCUUCCAGCGACCCGCCGCCUGGCGCCGCGGAGGCCGGCGGCACCUCCCUGACCGUUCCCGUCACUGUGUCUGCAACCGCUUUCCACGAGUAUUUGAUCAAGGAGGAAGGGCUUUAAACGACACGUUCAUCUAGCGGCCUUGCGUGGAGUCGCAGGAACGUUCCCCGCCACAAACGGGCGAGAAACUGCGAGCGAUCGUCGCAGCCAUCGCCUUGCAAAGGGGCGGAAAAGCUUUUGGAAAGUUCCAGAAAGUUUCCAGUAUAUUUCAAUGAUAAUUCAGCUGGAGAAUCAUGGCGACAUUUCCCAAUAUGUACAAAUUAGGACUUGAAGGUAUUUUUAUGUAAGGAUAUAUAUAUAUAUAUAUAUAAAAUAAUCAAGCAAAAAAUUGUUUUGUCAAAAGCAGACAUUCAUGCAAUGUAGAUGCCCACGUGCAACGGCAUCAUUGUACCUUCAUUGCUGCAGUUUUUGGAAAAUGGAUUUGUCCAGCGCACAUUCUUGCCAGAUUUCUCACAAAAAGUAAUGCACAGAAGAUGAAUUUUAAUAUCAUGACCAAAUUGUUUUUUUUUUUUUGUAUGUCUGCUACGCUUGUCAAGUAUGUUGCUUUUCUAAAAGUUGUCCAGCUACACCAUGCAUAAGUUUUUUCAUGUGUUUUGACGAAGACACGUUGCCGCCUGCGGAUGUUUUUUUUGGGCUCCGGACCCCGCAAGGUUGCAAACAUACGGCGUUUGCCCCGUCACUGUACAAAUUUUAAUUCGAAAUAUCAAUUUUUGU